AUGUACAAUCGAUGUUGUCUUACAAAGAUUGAAAACCUAACGAAACACUUGAACGCUUUACAGUAUAUAACCAAUUCCAGACGUCGAUUCGACCUUCUCGAAGAUUUCGAGAGAGAUUCUUUCGAAACGCUUGUAAAAGACCUAGAUAAACGACAUUUUCACAGCUCACCUUAUAAUUGUGAAGUGGGCGGUGUUUUCAAUUAUCAUGGGGAUUUGGCCUACACUGAGCGAGCAUACAGAAUGAUCCGCGACUUUGAAGAUACCAUGCAACAAUUUAACACUCAAAGUCAAGUAAAAAAGCUCAAAGAUCAAAUCGCCAGGGAAAACGCCCGAAUCGACGUGGAAGAAAGAAAGCACCUGGAGGAGCAGAAUAUCAAAAAGUGGCGAGACUUGAAACAGUGCGAGGAGAUUCUGAAAAUUGCGUCUAAUUGCGAUCACGAGAAACAAGACUCCAACUGUUGGCUAAAAGAAUGCGCCGAAAUGAAGUUUUUCAUUAAACACUCAAAGGACUGUCAAAUAUCAGAGUGUUCGAUGUGCAACGGGUUUUUUGGUCUGUGCACCUAUCAUGCCAAAAACUGCGAAAACAGUGCUACUUGCAAGACGGUCUACUGCAAAGAAAUCAAAGAAAGAAUCUACGAAGAAGAGCUGGAAGUUGCGGAAGAAAUCGCUGGAAUUCUUCAAUGA